AUGAUCAAUCUUAAUGAGUUGCCAGAUGAUGAUCAAGACGAGUUGCCACCAAGUGUUGGAUUGGUGCAAACUGCUGGUGCUGAGGAUGAAGCAGUCCAUAUAGAGGAGCACACCCUUGAUGCCACAGAUACGUUGGGUGCAACAGGGGGGACUAUUGGGCAUGAGGGUGCAGGAGAGGGUGCUGACAAUGAUGAUGAAGCAUGGUCUCAGCCAAAAGAGCCUUCAUCGGGCAUGAGGUUUGACACUUUGGAAGGUGCCAGAGAGCACUACAAUGCUUAUGCUUUGCAAAAGGUUUUUUCAAUCAAAAUGAACACUCCGAGGAGGUCUGAUAUCACUGGUCAAAUGGAGAAGUAUCAAUUUGUCUGCAACAAGUUCAGGAAACCAAAAAAUAAAGACACGGGUGGUAAGACUGCAGAUCCUUGUGGAGUUGAAGAUCCUCGUGGAGGUGCAGAUGAUGAUGAUGGAGAAGACAAUGUUAUCAUAUUUGUUGAUGAUGAUGUUGAGCAAAAGAACAAGACCAAGAACAUGCAGAAGACAGAUGCUGAUUUCUUCUACAAGGUUAAGUAUGAUGCAGAGGACAGGGUUGAGAAUAUUUUCUGGGUUGAUGGUCCAGCAAAGAAGGCAUACAAUGAUGCUUAUCAUGAUUUCAUAUGUUUUGAUACAACAUACAUGACUAACAUGUACAACAUGCCGUUUGCUCCAUUCAUUGGGAUCAAUCGGCAUGGCCAGUCGUUCAUGUUAGGAUGUGGCUUUGUUAGGCAAGAGUUGGAGACCAGCUUUGAUUGGCUAUUUGGAACAUUCUUGAAGCAAUGCAUGGUCGAGCACCCGAUAAUAUAA